AUGGACGGUUUUGCAAGUGCUUUUGGCCCUCGUGGGGAUCCGCGCUAUCCAGCCGAGAGCGUUGAGAAUCGCAUUGAAACAUUUCGUGGUUGUGGGGGAAAAAUUACCCUGGAAGUGGCGAAAGAGUACGCCGAAUUGGGCUGGUAUUGCACGGGGAUCCAGCACCAGAUCCGUUGCGUUUACUGCUGUGAGAUUGAGGGAACAUGUCUAACGGGCAUCUAUCGCACACCGUGCAAGAAUCCAUGCUUUGGCAAAGCGGUUAAAGAUAACUUCCCACAGAUGUGGGUGGAAUGCAACGGGGUGCGGAUGGAUUACGAUCAGGACAACAUUGAGUACAACCAUUCACCACCAAACAAUCCCGACUGCGCAAAAUAUAACACCAUGUAUGCGCGGGCGUUUUCCUUUGACGAUAGACCGUGGCCCGAAGAAAAAAAACACUUGGUGUACAAGCUGGCCGAAGCUGGAUUCUACAACUGCGGUCUUGCUGUGCCGGGUGUUUCGGUAUGCCCGGAUGCUGUACGCUGUUUUUACUGCUAUGUCUUCAUUUCGGGAUUGCCCCUGGAUCUGGAACCAUGGAUUGAACAUGCCCGCCAAUCACCAGCCUGUGCAUAUCUGAUGAACGUGAAAGGCAAACGGUUCAUCAACGAUGUUAUACGAGCUUGCAAGUCCCCUGUUACCGACAUUGGAAUACAAGGCAUGACUGUUUUGGAAAACAAAGCACGGCUCGUUGGCUUCAGUCAAGACCAAAUUGAUGCCGCAAAGGCCAAGAAGAAGGGCCGUUUCUAUUUUUGGGAGGAAUUGGAAGAAGCGGUGGAGUUCCAUAACGCCGAUUUCCUGGAACAAAAGGAGUUUUUGCACUAUGCCACCGAAGUACCCGUCGGAGACGAUGCCCGUACCGUUGAGCAGUUAAAAUGUAAAAUCUGUCUGUCGCGGUAUGCCAACACGCUGAUCAGUCCGUGUAAACAUCUGGUCAUGUGCGGACAGUGCGCCAAAGCGACCCUAGACCGUGGAAGCCUCUGCCCUUACUGCCGUCAGCCUGUUGAAGCCGUCACGUCACUUUAUUUUACUUGA